AUGGCACCCACCGAUGAGCAGCAGCAGCAGUCCCGUACUGAGUGGUUGAAGCAGACCUACAACAACCAGUACGAGAGUUGGAUGCCUUGGAUGGAAGACCAAUACCUAAAAUGGUUCACCAAAGACAACAAGACCAGCUAUGCCGCCAAACAAGAACUCGACAAAAGCAAAGUGACCGGCGUCGAGCAAGUAGACCAACUCCAAGACGGCGUAAACAACCUCGUCGCCGGCCAGGUCGGCCAGGGCGGCCUUGCUCAACCCCUUGGUGACUUGGCGUCAAAGGAGGGUAUGAAUCGUGCCGAACGCGGUGGCAAGGAUGACCAAGGACGUCCUAUCGACAGCCAGGGGCCGCUGGGUGGCUAUGGGGAGGCAGCAACUGGACAAGUGAAAGGUGCGGGUGAGGGUGUGGUGGAUGGUGCGAAGGGAGCGGGUGGGUAUCUCGGCGGAUUCUUGGGAGGGUCGAAGAAAUAG